AAUCCAAUCUCUGUCACUGUCCUUACACAUACAAGUGGUGCAAUAGGCAAUGCUUUAAUGUUUGACAAAAGACAUCCCUCACGUUUUAGAAUGGGCAUUCCUGUAAUUUUAUUAUCGUUGUAACGUCUAAUGCAAAUACAAAUUGCCAACGACACUCUCGUUGCUAACGGUUGUAAUGUGAUGGAGCAACCAGCAUGCACUGAAGAUGACUUAAACACCUCCAACCUCGAAACUCAUCCGAAACACGACUCCAAGCGAGGCGGCACGCGGCAUCCUCUCUACCGGGGUGUCCGGAAAAGGCGGUGGGGCAAAUGGGUGUCGGAAAUUAGAGAGCCACGCAAAAAGUCACGCAUUUGGCUAGGCUCAUUUCCCGUGCCAGAAAUGGCCGCUAAAGCAUAUGAUGUAGCGGUGUUUUGCUUUCGAGGACCAAAAGCGCAGCUAAAUUUUCCCGACGAAGUGGAGGAUUUACCUAGACCGUCAACGUGUACGGCUAGAGAUAUUCAAGCUGCCGCAGCAAAGGCGGCGCAUUCAGUAGUUUUGUCGAAAAAAAGUCAAGUAUCAUCCGAAGACGGGAAUGGUCAUGGUGAUGACGAUUUUUGGGGCGAAAUUGACCUGCCAGAAUUGAUGAAUAGCGGCUGCCAAUGGAAUUCUUGCGGGUGGACGUUCACCGGAGACUCGUCGUGGCUAGAAGGAGAGGCUCAGCAGCAGCAACAAUUCUUGGAAUGUCUCUGA